UAAGUCGUAGAGUAUAUGCUCGUAGGAGUGAACGUGAACGCGCAACGCUGACGGCGAUGUUGACGUUUAAUUUGUCACUUGGAUUAUUACGGAUAUAUCUUUUACGAAGGUUCAACGGAUAAUGCCAGUGACCUUUCGCGCGCGGAGUGACGCCGCGUGACUACGUCCUUAUCGACGAGAUCCGCGAGCGUAUCACCAGCUAGUGAAUAUGCGAUCUUUUUGUACACUAGGGCUUUGGCUCGAUCUCCCAUGCGCCAUAUUGGUUUGAGAAAAUAUCCAAGUCAAUAGAAUUUGUGUGGUCGCGUAUCGUUUUUACAUCGCGGUUAAAUUUCGUUUCGAGCGUACUCCGACGAGAUGGAAGAGACAAAGAUUAUUUAUCACAUGGACGACGAGGAGACGCCGUAUUUGGUGAAGCUCAAUAUAUCACCGGAAAGAGUGACCCUGGCCGAUUUCAAGAACGUUUUAAAUCGGCCGAAUUACAAGUAUUUCUUCAAGUCAAUGGAUGAUGACUUUGGCGUGGUAAAAGAGGAAAUAGUAGAUGACGAUGCUCAUCUGCCAUGCUUCAAUGGUCGAGUUGUCUCUUGGUUGGUAUCCGCCGAAGGUAGCAACGUCUCGGACGGUGCGUCUCAAUGUACAGACUCUAUGGCACAUAGCGAAGCGAAACAUGACCGCGUAGAUCAUGCGACCCCUGGACAUGGUAAUAGAGGAAACGCUCCACUUUCUCACGAUGAUACGUUGACGGAAACGGAAAGUAUUAUAAGUAGUCGACAAGGUCAUCAUUUACAUAAAAGCUCGAGGCAUCAUUCGGAAAAGUAUGAAAAAUACAAUAAAUAUAAUGGACUCCGGAUAAAUGGUCAUUCGAAGCAUCGUUCUGGACAUGGAUAUGAAACUGCUUCCAUUUUGAGUUCAGAUUUGGAAACGACAACGUUUUUAGAAUCUGAUGACGAUGCGAGUAGUCGCAUUACAUCGACAACGGGUCGACACACCAAUAUGAGUAGCACGGUCGACAGGGGCACUCUCGAUCGACGUCGACCGCAAAGAAGACGACGACACAGACUACCACCUAUGUCUCGAACGUCAUCAUUUAGUAGUAUUACCGACAGUACAAUGUCUUUAAAUAUUAUAACUGUUUCGCUAAAUAUGGAUACUGUUAAUUUUCUUGGCAUUAGUAUUGUCGGUCAAAGCAACAAAGGUGGGGAUGGUGGAAUAUAUGUCGGUUCAAUAAUGAAAGGGGGAGCGGUUGCUUUAGAUGGUCGAAUAGAACCUGGUGACAUGAUUCUUCAAGUCAAUGACAUUAAUUUCGAAAAUAUGUCAAAUGACGAAGCGGUGAGAGUGUUGCGCGAGGUAGUGCAAAAACCAGGACCAAUAAAACUUGUCGUUGCGAAAUGUUGGGACCCAAAUCCAAAAGGUUAUUUUACGAUACCUCGUACAGAGCCGGUACGUCCCAUAGAUCCUGGUGCAUGGGUAGCGCACACGGCCGCUAUACGAGGCGAAGGUUUUCCGCCUCGUCCACCAAGUGCCACAACAUUAACUUCGACUUCGAGCAGUCUUGCGAGCACACUGCCAGAUACUGAACGACCCUUGGAAGAGCUUCACUUGACUAUUCAGACAGACAUGCCGACGAUAGUACGAGCGAUGGCUCGAACUGACUCUGGCUUAGAGAUACGCGAUCGAAUGUGGCUCAAAAUUACUAUUCCAAAUGCAUUUAUUGGCGCGGAUGUCGUCGACUGGUUGAACACGCACGUGGAAGGAUUUCUCGAUCGACGUGAUGCCAGGAAAUAUGCGUCACUCAUGCUGAAAGCUGGCUACAUUCGACAUACAGUGAACAAAAUAACAUUUUCCGAACAAUGUUAUUAUAUAUUUGGUGAUCUGUGUUCAGCCAUGAGUAAUAUGAAACUGGAUAACGAUACAGUUAGCCCGUUGCCGCCACCAAGCGCUUGGGAUAUGCCUUAUUCGGGAACAUACGCACCACACUCGGCAACGGGUUACAGUCCCAUGCCGUUUAAUUUUACAAAUGAGCCCACCGUGUACGGCUAUCAUCGAGAAGAAAGUGUGCACAGCGGUUCGGGUGGUAGCAGUGCGGGUAGCGAACGUAUUUGCAAAGAACCUAUUCACGAUCUGAAAUCAUGUUCUUCGGCAUCCGAAUCGGAGCUGCAUAAUCCUGCGGUGCCAUCGAUGCCAAAUAAAACUUCCGGCAACGGCAACGGAUCGAACGGAAAGAGAUCUAACGGAAGCCGUAGUCGUUCCAGUGGUUCUGAACAAUCUGUUCAAACGGGGACAGGAUCGGGGAAUCAGCAGAAUCAGCAAGACUUAUCUGGAUUGUCUACGACAAUGGGACAGCUAUUUCUUUAGAAUCGAGAGGAUAUUGUUUCUAUCUAAUAAUUCAGUCAUUUCCAUUAUUAUUUACGAGUAUCUCAGUAUCCUUGUAUAGUAUAACGUUUGUUUAAAAAAAAAUGUUUGCGUGGAAAUCAUUGUUUCACCUCGUUCGUAAUUAUCGACUCGUUAGAAAUAUUUUUAUGCGCAUGACUUUUAUAUUAUGUAAAGCUAUAAUAUUACCUAUAUCGAAAAAGUUCUUUUUACAAUUAUGUUACGAUACAUUGCGAUACAUUGUAUUGGAAUUCAGUGAAAUGUACAUAUAUACAAAUUACGCUCAUAUUAAAUGUGCCAUCUUAUCAGUGUUACAAGUAUAGAAAACUACGAGAUUUAUAAUUUAUAUUGACGCUUGUGCAAGCUUAUAAUCUUCUUAGAUUAUGUUUAUCGUCAUUGUCUCACGCACAUAUUUUAUAAUUAGUAGUACAUAGUUUUCAUACAUGUUUUAUUUAAGUUUUUUAAGUGUGUUAUAUCGUAUAAUAUCAAUUUAGUGCGUUUUUUUUUUCUAUUUAUGCCUUGCCAUUACAUUAUAUCGACUUUAUUUACCGCAUUUUGUUACGGAAAGAAAUUUUUUUUCUAUAUUCAAUUCGAUGCUACGAUAACAAGAAUUACAAAGUUUACGUUACUAUCGUCGUGCACAAAACUGAACUUUGAACCCAUAGAAUAAGCUAUUCUUCUUUUUCUUUUCUAGUAUAUCGCUAAUAAUAGCGAGAUAUUACGUCUUUAAUUUUAAUCGCGUUGCGCGCACACUGUACGAUUACUCGUAUAGAAUGAGAGAACGAACGCGAAUAAUAGUCGCUGUGCGUUCAACGUUUCAUUGUGCGACGAUAUAGUAUCAAGUAACAACUAAUAAAUAUAGCUUCACGUAUAUUUAUAUCAAUACGCAUAUAUUCGAAUAUAUUCAAAGUCUAUAAAAAUGUUUAUGAUGUAGAAAUAAAUGAUUAUAUCGGUGAAAAGAUUGGUUUUUUUUUUUUUUUUUUUUGCUUUCGUUACGUCAAGUCUUUCGUAUUUUGUUGCUCGUCGUGAAGCUAUAUUUGCAAUGUAAACGUCAUGCAAUUUUUCCAACUGAAAUAGAAAAUAUAUACUUUUAAUAUCAUAUAAUUUGCGUAAGCGAUUGUAUUGACUAAAAGUAAUUUUAUAAAUAGAGAAUAAGUAUAACAUCACUCGACAAAAUUGAUUGGUAUAUCUCUACUUUUUAAUAAACGAAUUUUUGUUCAUUUUGUUGUAAGCGUUUCGUGAAAAAUUGCAUACGAGAUGUUCGACUUUGAUUUAUAUUGAUAUGAAUUUACCAAGUUUUAAUGUACGCCAAUAUUUACAUAAACAAAUGCAGGUGAUAUAUCGGCAUGUUAUAUAAUAUACAUACAUAUAUAUUAUAUAAUAUAUAUAAUCCCACAUCCAACUUAUGUUGCAGCCAGGUAGUGCAAUAGAUUUUACAAAUCGUGUUUUUAUAAUUACAUUUUAUUAUGUUUUUGGAAAACGUCUAUGCCAGUUAUAGCAAUUAACAACAUAUCAAUUGCAACAUAGCGACAGUUCUGUUUAAUUAUUGCUAAAAUGUUCAUUUAUCUUGUGUUAAAAUCUUCCGAUUUGAUAAAGUUUUCCACUUUUUCUGUUUAUAUCGUCUUGCUGUUCUAAAGAGUAGAAAACUUGGAUUUUUGAAUAUUAUAUCGAUGGUAUAGUGCACCACACCUCAGAUAUAUAAUCGAGUCAUUUUUGUGCCUUGUGCUGCGCUGACGAAUGACGCAGGGCGGCGUAUGCACGAGGAGAGUCAUACACAAACUAGUGAUUUGGACAACAACAGCAGAGACGAUAUCUGUGAGUCUAUCUUAAUUUUAUGACAACACUCGAUGCAUCAUAUUCAUUAUACUUUUCUCUAGUACUAACUGUAUUGUAUUUUUUACGUUCAAAAUUUAUAUCAGUGAAAUCGA